AUGGUUAAACGGCUUAUCGUGCAAGGACUCGGGCCAUUUACCACCGAAAACACACUCCGAAAACAUUUCGAACAGUUUGGCGAACUUUACGAGUGUCAAAUUCCACCACCACCCCGAUAUUCAGUAAAUUGAUUUAUUCGUUGUUAAAAAAAUUAAUAAUCGAGUUCAGGUAAUUGACAACGGCCCGGACGAUGAAGACGUCGAAGCGAGAAGCUCGAUUCGUUGGGAAAGAGUCGACGACACCGAGGAUUUGGACGAUGAGCUGUCGGUAGAGCCGUUCGAUGAAGAAGUGCAUGAAACCUUUGAAAAGUACAUGCGUAAGACCCAUUUCACUUUUAAAUCGCACAAAAAACUUCUUAUUUUGCAGGAAAAAUCGGCUCGGGCGAUGGUUUUCACAAAAAUCCGCGAAAAACGUGCGCCGGCUACGCCUACAUCACAUUUCUCGACAUGAACGGCUAUUUGCGGUGUGUAAAAGAGGACGUGCACGAGGUUGGCAGCCUAAAAUGCACUGUAGAGCCGGUACGGAGUGAGGAGGAGGAGGAGGAGCAGAAGCUGAAAAUCGAGUCGAAACGGCUUUUCGUCUCGUUUUUCCCGUUGGAUCGCCUGAGCGCCAAGGAGCUGAAGAACACGUUCGGCGCGUACGGUAAAAUUACCGAUGUCGAGUUUGUCAGUGUGAGUUUUAUUUAAAAGUUGAUUUUUCAUCAAAAAUAGUAAUUUUUACAGGAUUCCGAAGGUCCUCUCCACUUUUGCAUCAUCACAUUCCACGAGAGCUCGUCGGUGGAUGUCAUUCUCACGAAAACCAUUUUUAUUAGGGUAAAUACGUGUUGAAAACUUUAAAAAUGCAAAAUUGAAGGACGUCCGAAUGUUCACAAGACGGGCGGUGCUCAAAGAGUCGAUCAAAAUUGCGGAGCACAAGCGGAAAGAGGCCGAGAAAGAACUUCGCAUCCAAUUAGUAAUUUUCUAACAUUUUUUGCUGAAAUGUUCAGUUAUCAUCUCUUUUUUUCAGCCGCCGAACCACACGGCGUACCCCCGUCCACGACCGACCUUCCCUCGUAUUUCGGCCCAAGAGGCCGUCGCCCAGGCUUCUUCCUUGGCCCAAUUCGAUCCGUCGGCUGCUGCUGGAUACGCUCCGAUGCACCGCCCAUCUACUUCUUCUUCUUCUUCUUCUGUGCUCCAGCCUGAAAAUGAUCUACUUGCCAACUAUGGUUACGGUCCCCGAAAGUGGUAG